CAGAGACAAAUUCAAGUGUUUGCAUUAUCUGGAUUAUAUAAAUUCUGGUAUUGAUAAACACGUACAAUCACUCUUGGAUCGUUUACGUCGUCUUAAUUCAAUUAAUGAACCUGAAAAUAAAGAACCUGAACCUAUUCCUGAAGAUGAUCAUAAUGAUAAAGAAUCUAUUGAUGAUAUCUCAGUUUCCUGGGAUAUUGCAAUAUGA